AUGCGCGCUCACCUUCCAUUGGCAGCUCUCUUCUUGAGCAACCUAGCAACAGCCAUCCCAACCAAGCAAACCAACCAACACCAGCAAACCCACAAUGCCAACACCGAUACCGACACCCACAAAUACAUAAACUGGCGCACGUUCACAGGCUACGGCGUAAACCUAGGCGGCUGGCUAAUCCAAGAAUCAACAAUCGACACAGCAUGGUGGAAGACACACGCCGGCAACGCCAGCGACGAAUGGACAAUGUGCCAGAACCUUGGAUCCCAAUGCGGACCAGUCCUCGAAAAGCGCUACAGCACCUGGAUAAAGACCAGCGACAUUGACACACUCGCCUCAGCAGGCGUAACAAUCCUCCGCAUACCCACAACCUACGCAGCCUGGAUCGUCCUCCCCGGUUCAGCGCAUUACCACGGACAGCAACAGGCUCAUCUGCGCCGGAUUGCGGAAUACGCUAUUAAAAGGCAUGGCAUGCACGUCGUUAUCGAUAUCCACUCUUUACCUGGCGGUACGAAUGGCCUUGAUAUCGGUGAGGCGGUUGGGCAUUGGGGGUGGUAUGAUAAUAGUACCGCGCUGGAGUGGUCUUUGCGCGCUGUUGAUGCUGUCCUUGAGUUCAUUGUGGACUCUGAUGUGCCGUGGGGAUAUACGCUUGAGCCUAUCAACGAGCCGGUUGAUAAUCGGGAUUUCUCGACGUUCGGCACGCCGGCUGCGUUGAGUGAGAAAGGAGCGAAGUGGUUGGUUAAGUAUAUUCGGGCUGUGAUUAACCGGGUUGAACGGGUUGAUCGUCGUAUUCCGGUUAUGAUUCAGGGGAGUUUUAAGCCAGAGAGGUAUUGGAGUGGGUUCUUCGAUGGUGGGAGUAAUAUUGUGUUUGAUGCGCAUCAUUACUAUUUCCAGUAUGAGAAUGCUACGAGUGCGAAUCUUGGGACGUUUGUUUGUGACGAUGCACGCGAUACCGUGUCUGAUGGAAAGUUUCCGGUUUUUGUUGGCUGGGGGUGGGAAUCAAUUGGCUUUGAGGGGAGAGAGAGUCUUAAGGCUGGGUUGUCGGCUUGGGCGCAGUUUACUCAGGGGAGUACGUUCUGGACGGCCAAGUUUCAUAGUAAUGUUUCGGUGGCUGGGGGUGCUGGGAAGGGGGUGAAACAGGAUUAUUGGAGUUUUGAGGAGAUGAUUCAGGCUGGAUAUUUGGAUGGGGAGGUUUUGCAGAAGGAUUAUUGUUGA